AUGAUUGAUCAACACAUCCCCAUGACUGUCAUCAACAAGAUGGGUCAAACUGGUAAGGCCUGUGCCACUGCUGACAACGGCAUGAAAUCAUUGGAUCCCAAGUUUGUGCCCGGCCCAUAUGACUGCAUCUGUGCUCGAGGCAAGACAGUCAAGAAGCACCCUGGCAAUCUCCGCUUCCUCAAGAUCGUUGAUGAAUACCUCCAAAAGUACUCUACUGCCGGAAGCAAAUUCGAAAAGUCUCUGAUUGUCUCUGAGAUUAUUGAGUCGGUCCGUAAAGACAACCCAAAUGGCGGCGGUUUUGUCAAGCAGGUCAAGGGACAAUGGUACGAAGCCGGUGACUACUUGGCCCGAGAGAAGGUGGGACAGCGCCUCAGGGACCUGCUUAGUGCCAAGUACAAGUCCAGCUCCAAAGCCAAGAAACGCCGUCGCCAAGAAGAAGAAGCAGACCUGGCCAACCACGUGGAUACCAUGGUGGUCCAAGCCAACGGCACGGCCCUGAUGGCUCGGAUCCGACAGCUCACGGCGGAAGGAAGCAUAUUCAAGUCGGAUGCUGAAAUCCAGGAGAUCUUCAACAAAGCCAACGUCGAGUUACUCCAGAACCUCAAAAAGAUCCAGAUCCAGCAAGAUACCAGGUCAAUCUCCCCAAUUCCUUUUACGCCUGCUCCUGCUCCUCCUAUUGCGGCCGACAGCAAGAAGCGCAAGAGCCGCGAGGAGGAGGAACCCUCCCCGGAACAAGACACUGGAUGCGACGAUACCGUUAGUGCCCGCCGUAGCUUCUUCGCCACCUGCAGCCGUGCCCCCAAGAGACGAUCCACAUCUUCCAGUGUCAGCGGAGCAUCAUCUUCCUGCUGCCUCAGCGAUGACGAGCCAGAUUUCUUUGCUGUUUUCUAA